AUGACGCACCAGUAUCCCGCGCUCUCGGCUGAGCAGAAGAAGGAGCUGUCUGACAUCGCGCUGCGAAUCGUGACCCCGGGCAAGGGGAUCCUGGCAGCGGAUGAGUCCGUAGGAAGCAUGGCCAAGCGCCUGAACCAGAUUGGGGUGGAGAACACGGAGGAGAACCGCCGGCUCUACCGCCAGAUCUUGUUCAGUGCCGACAACCGGGUGAAGAAGUGCAUCGGAGGUGUCAUCUUCUUCCACGAGACCAUGUACCAGCAGGGGGACGACGGCACCCCCUUCGUCAGGAUGAUCAAAGACAAGGGCAUCGUGGUGGGCAUCAAGGUGGACAAGGGCGUUGUGCCUCUGGCUGGGACUGAUGGAGAAACCACGACUCAAGGUCUGGACGGGCUGUCCGAGCGCUGUGCCCAGUACAAGAAGGACGGCGCGGACUUUGCCAAGUGGCGCUGCGUGCUGAAGAUCAGUGAGAACACCCCCUCGGCCCUCGCCAUCAUGGAGAACGCCAAUGUCCUGGCGCGCUACGCCAGCAUCUGCCAGCAGAACGGCAUCGUGCCCAUUGUGGAACCAGAGAUCCUGCCCGAUGGAGACCAUGACCUGAAGCGCUGCCAGUAUGUGACCGAGAAGGUGCUGGCGGCCGUGUACAAGGCCCUGAGCGACCAUCACAUCUACCUGGAGGGCACGCUACUGAAACCCAACAUGGUCACCCCGGGGCACGCCUGCCCAACCAAGUACAGCGCCGAGGAGAUCGCCAUGGCCACGGUGACAGCGCUGCGCCGCACCGUGCCUCCCGCCGUCCCAGGUGUCACCUUCCUUUCUGGGGGGCAGAGUGAGGAGGAAGCUUCCAUUAACCUGAACGCCAUCAACAACUGUCCCCUGGCCCGGCCCUGGGCUCUGACCUUCUCCUACGGACGUGCCCUGCAGGCCUCAGCGCUCAACGCCUGGCGCGGACAGAGGGAGAAUGAGAGCUCUGCCACCGAUGCGUUUAUGAAGCGUGCCGAGGUGAACAGUCUGGCUGCUCUUGGCAAGUACGAGGGCAGCGGAGACGACUCUGAUGCUGCUGGGCAGUCCCUCUACGUGGCUAACCAUGCCUACUGA